CCCUCGGACGUGUUACUACUUAAACUGCAUUUUAAAUCCGCAUUUCAAGUCCGCCCUUUGAAAAAUCGAAAACACACAUACCCUUCCAUAGUGGUUGUGCUUCUCUGCUUCUAGACUCUUGGAUUUGAUUUCCAGACUCUAGAUCGACCAUCGACCUGGCAGAUUCUGUGAUUCGUGUAGUUUCUGAAGUCACAAUGGAGUCUUCAUCGUCGUCGGGGUGCGGAGGAAAUACAGGGUUUGAAAUUGAAAUCCAUGGGUUUAAGGAUGAAUUUGAAAUACACGGAUUUUAAGCCUUUCAAAUAUCUGGGUAAAUUACAUGUAUUUUACUUAAAUUCAAUUACAUUUUAUUUAGGGAAAAAUAACAGUGAUAUUGAAUUUAAAGUGUUGAAAUUCAAUUACAUCGUAUGAAAUUCAAGUUCCCAAACAGAGCAUUAUUGAAUUUUGUCUUUAUAGCAUAUUUAUAGUCUGCUGCAUUUUAAUAUUUACAAUGAUUGUUGUAUUUAAAAGCCUACUCUUUAGGUUAUAACUCUUUUAAGAAAAGUUGUUUUUAAAA